UAAUGUUAUAUGCUGUAAUUCUACAAUUGGGUAUAAUGCACCAUCGGAAAUAGUAGGCUCUAGCAAAUCGCCCUUUUCGAGACGCUUUCAAGGUGUCUUCUAUUUAAGCUCUCAAUAAGGUUGUAAACGUGCUGUUUCAUAGAAGCCGGUUUGGUGCAGUGUUAUUGAAGACGAGACCGCAUUGGGCGUAGGCUUGUCUCCCCGCAGGCUCUUAGGAUUUAUGUUGGUCCGGUUUAGACGAAAAUAUUAUGUAGAUUGUGCUGGCUGUGUGGGCUCUUUAGCCUACUCUACAAAAUAGAUGUCCACUGUCAUUUUGGCUACAAUGCCGAGUUUUAACAGCCAAAAUAUUAUUUUCUCCUGUUGGGAUCAUCAUAGCAUCUGAACGUACUUCAGUUUACCGGGCCGAGUACACACGAGCCAGCAGGUGCCAUGGAGUCGCAUCUCUCUGCCACCCCAUAUCUCCUCCUAGCAUUGGUCUCCACAACCUCGGGGUUCUUCUGGACUCCCCGGGGUCCUCAGAUGUACCCCUGCCUCACCUACAUGGAGCGCAACCUGCGGGUGGACUGUGAGUUCCCUGUGGAAGACAACCCUGCACACCUAGGUCCCUACUGCGAGUACAAGCAGGACAGCCGACUGGUGGGCAGCACCUACCCCAACGCUGUGUCCCUGGUGUCCACAGACAACCGCAGGAGGGCCAACGUGAGCCUGGUCAACCCCACCGUGUGUCGCCUCACCUGGGCUCCGAUGGCGGACGAUAAGCCCUACACCUACACCUGCAGGGUGUACCAGGGGUCUACCUGGAAGGAGAACAGCAUGGCUGUACACCAGCGAAUUCUUCCAAUCUGUUCAGCCCUCAGCGUGAUGUUCCAUACCGGGCUAUUUCUUCUGUCCCUUGUGAUGUCACUUCCUGUAACUACGGGUCUCCUCUCUCCCUGACCUCCUUUCAAUGUACAGAUAGCUAGAUGUUAUUAAAUGUUUUUAAACAGAUUUUCAUAUCAUUAUUAUAGUUCACAAUAAUAACUACAAUUUACUGAGAUCAUAGACAAUGUGUAAUGAGUGUGAAACAGUGGUACGUUGGAGGCUGUGGCUCCAUAUUCACUGUUUUCUGACCACUUCAAUGAUCACUUCAAAAACUGAUCCAUCAGACUAGUUCUUAUUCUGUACUAUCUAUUCUCUAUACUUUAGGCUUUGCUUAUGGUGUAUCAGGUGAGAAUCCUAUCAAACAAUUUCUUUAUAUCAGUCAAACUUUCAGGACUUCCAGACUUUCACGCUCAUAUCAGCCCUUUGGCUCAGGGAUGCUAGUACUGGAAUGGAUGGUCAUAUCCUAAAGAGAUUCACAAUGGCUAUGUUUACACAGGCAGACCAAUAGUGAUAUUUUUCCACUAAUCGUUUUUUUUAAACAAUCAGAUUAGUUAAAAGCAGCCUUUGUGUAAAGAUAUAUAUAAUUAUAUAUAUAUAUAUAUUUUAAAUAUUAUCCUUUAUUAUUUUACCCUAACACUACCACCCCUCCACUAAUUGGAGUAAACUAGUGUUCAACAACACUUAGGCUUCUACUUCCAGUUUAUACAUACUAUAUACAUUUUACGAACACAGUAUAUUUUAUAAUAGUUAUAUUUUCUUUAUUUUUGUCCCAUCCUUCUGCUACCCCUACCCUCAACUCCUCCCAUCUAUCUCUGAAGACCAUCCAGUUUAGAUGUUUUAUUUGCUAUAUAAUUUUAAACUGUGCUGUUUCACAAAAGUUCUGAACCUAUAUACAUUGUACGGACACAGUAUAUUUUACAAUAGUUAUCUUGUUAUUUUUAGUACAACCCUUCAGCUUCAUUCAACCCCUCCCAUCUAUCUCUGAACACCCUCAGGUUUUUUGCAGAGUUAGCUCCAGGUAAAUGUUGCAAUUCUUCAGUACCAAAACAAAUUAUCUAAUGAUUCUGUCUCUUCACAGCUAAAUCUGCAGAGGUGGGAUGGUUGUAUAAUAAUUUAAAUUAUUUAACAAAGUUUUGAAUCCAGCGUAAUUUUAUGUAUCAGUUCAUGAAUCAUGAAUUCAUUAGGCCUAUGGAUUUUACAUGUCUGGGCAGGUGCACAGCCAUGGGUGGGCCUGCGAGGGCAUAGGCCCACCCACUUGGGAGCCAAGCCCACCCACUGGGGAGCCAUGCCCAACCAAUCAGAGUACGUUUUUCUCCACAAAAGGGCUUUAUUACGGACAGAAAUACUCCUCAGUUUCAUCAGCUGUCCAGGUGGCUGGUCUCAGACGAUCACGCAGGUGAAGAAGCCGGAUGUGGAGGUCUUUGCUGGCGUGGUUACACGUGGUGUGCGGCUAUGAGGCUAGUUGGAUGUACUGUCUAAUUCUCUAUAAUUACGUUGGAAGCGGCUUAUGGUAGAGAAAUGAACAUUAAAUUAUCUGUCAACAGCUCUGUUGUACAUCCUGCAGUCAGCAUGCCAAUUGCACACUCCUUCAAAACUUGAGACAUCUGUGGAAUUCUUUUGUGUGACAAAACUGCACAUUUUAGAGUGGCCUUUUAUUGUCCCCAGCACAAGGUGCACCUGUGUAAUGAUCAUGCUGUUUAAUCAGCUUCUUGAUAAUACACAUCUGUCAAGUGGAUUGAUUAUCUUAGCAAAGGAGAAAUGCUCACUAAUAGGAAUGUAAACAAAUGUAUGCACAACAUUUGAGAGAAAUAAGCUUUUUGUGCAUAUGGAACAUAUUAAAUCUUUUAUUUCAGAUAAUGAAACAUGGGACAAACAUUUUACAUGUAGCUUUUAUAUUUUUGUUCAGUGUAUAUUGCACAGCUGUAUAUUUUUUGCUCCGUAAAUGAAACUGGUCUCAUUUUUUUAUUCAAUCACAAUUUUCAGUAACCAAUUUUGGUCUUUAAUGAAGGGGCGACAGACAAGUUUGCAAACACAGCCUUUGUGAAUCUCUUUAGGACAUGAUCACCCAUUCCCAUUGUAGCAUCCCUGUAGCAUUGAUGAGAUAGUGGGGGGUGAAAAGUAAGGCCAACACUACCGUAUCAGCGUGUGUAUUUGGCUCACAGCCCCUGAUUCUGGGGCACUUAAAGCUGCAAUAUUGUAUGUAACUUUUUGGGGGACCCAACCAAAUUCACAUAGAAACGAUUUAUGCUUCCCGUGCUUAAGUUUAUUUUUGUAUCUUUUACGUUUGGUUUUGAACACCAGCUAUAAAGAGCUGAUUAUACAUUAUUUUUGUACUUUAAAAAAAAAUUGCAGUAUUUCAGAUGGUACAAUGAUUAUCAAUACUUGUUUUGGCACAUAAACUGAAAUUAGGGCAACUAUUAUAAUUUUUGUAACCAGGAAAUGGCAGAGUGAUUUCUGCCUAUUGCACCUUUAAGGAUUUCCUCUGAAUUACCAUUAAGAUAUUGGCUGAAAUGGAAAUGAAAGUUGGAAGUUGACAAUCCCAUGCUAUGGCUAAAAUAUUUAUGUGUCAGGUGUCAGGUGGUAUGUGUCAGGUGGUAUGUUGUAACUAUUCAAUAAUUGGUUAAUGAUCAACUCUUGCCUUUUAUUUCAAUCUCAAAGUAUUAAGAAACCUUUCAUAGAUGCAAAGAAAUCUGAUGCUCUCUCUAGUUUGAAAGUUUUGUUUACAUUUUGUCAUUCCCACAUGUUCUUGUAGAUUUCAUACAGUAGAAGCUUGAGCUUAGCUAAAUUGUAUAUCAAAGGAAACAUUACUCUUAGUGUUGCAUAAUUACCGAUUGCUGAUUAGCCAUUGAAAGUUAAAGACAUGUCAUGACUGUGUUAAAUGUUUUGAUACUCAGCUUCACAUGGCACAUUAUUAGUUAUUGUAAUAAUGUAUUAAAAUCCAUAGGCAACAAUUAUAUUCAACAUUUUGUAAUGUUAUUUUUUAGAAAAUUAUUAAGUAUCUUUAUUAUCUUUAUUAAUUAUUAAGUAUCUUGCCAAAAAUGAUUGAUCAAAUUGUACUUUCACUGCACCAUAGCAUUAUUUUGGAAAUAAUUAUAUAGGUUAUUAACAAGUAAAAGUAUUUCAUAUGCUUUGCAGAUUAAAAAAUUAUUGUAGCAUUUUUUUUUAGGACUCAUCAUGGAGGUCAUUCUAGAUCUUUGUCCUCAAAAACCUCCAAUCACUGUGAAUGAGAUCAGAGUCUAGAAGACCACACUGAAAUUGAGGCUGUUUUAGGACAAGCACAAAUUAUAGAAAAGCUAUUUAGAUAAUAAGAUCAGGUGGUGAAUGAAUGAGAUAGUUAUGGUAGUAAAUCAAAUGAACUAACUAAAUGUUUCUGGACAAAAAAAUUAUUAACUGAAAUUAGCACUUGAAAUGGACCAGGGUCUCUGAUACACACUACCAUCACGUGUCCUGAUAGUAGUUAGUAAGUUGAUAGUUUGUUGAUGUUAGUUUUUAGUAUGUGCAGAAUGAAAGAACAUGUAGAUGGGUUAAAUAUGUCUUGUUGAUGAUGUCAUUAGCUGCUUUCCAUUCUCUUCCUUUUUCAUUCUAAUGCUCUUAUUGCUCCCACGCACAGCUCAUACUGGCACUGCACUAGCUAUUUGCACAUGCUUCAAGUGCCUAGGCUUUUUGAAUGCUGCUUUAUUGUUCAUAUCAGUAUCUGUGUCCUUGCAGACAAUUCUGCUUCUCUUACACGGCACACCUUACUUAGCACAUAUCCUGUGUGCUGUACCUUUUUGUUUUUGUCACCACGCACUGAAAUCUCAUUGUAGUUUGACUGCUUUGCAAAGUGGGAUUUGUGAAUGUGAUGUGUACACAUUAGUUUGCCAAACCAGUGUUUUCUCUCCUUUCUUUCUUGCCACUGAAUGUGUACAAAAUGCAAUAGCAAGAAAUAAAGGUAUAACAGUAAAAAUUUUA